GGUCUUUUUAUACUUUUUUUCCCAGCAGGCCUAGCUUUGUGUCCCCAUCCCAGUUGCUCUUCAUCUCUCUCAGUCUGCCUCCCUGUCAGAGAUCCACUGAGCAUGCAGUGCCUGCGUCACUCCUUUCAGCAGAUGGAGAGGAGGGGGGGUUAAGAGAGAGAGGGGAGGAGGGAAGGGGAGCUGUACGUCUCUCCUGCAUCCGCGUCAACAUCACUGCCACGCCAGCCUUCGUCACCAGAAAACAACGAGGAAGAUCAUCGCACAACAGAGCUUUAAAAAAAACAAAAAACGCCAUCAGCACCAGCAGCUCCUCCUCCUCCACCUCCACCAGACGUGCAUCCGCAGAUUAGGCCGAGACGGUUCUAGUUUCGUCAGGCACAGGCAUCUAAAUCCUCCCCCAAGAAGGAGGAGCUCUCCCAGACAUGACCUGAGAGGAGAGGCAGGAAGCUGUCGGACGCUCUCUAUCAACAUGGGCAACCAGGAGGCUAAGCAGAAGAAAGCUGCAGCAGCAUCGGGUAAUGGAAGCUAUCCUUCACUGGAUGAAGGAUGGAGAGAGGGAGGAGGGGACACUACAAAGAAGGGAGGAAAGAAACUCCACUGUAAGCAUGUAGGAGGUGGAGGGGGGAUGCAUGGCACAGGACCAGGAAAGAAGAAAAACAAAUCUGAGUCCAAGUCCUCCGUUUUCUCCAUCCGGAAGAGAAAGGGCAACCUGAAAGCGAAAGGAGACGCGUGUUCGUCAGUCACAGGCUCAAAGGAGGAUGUUUUAGCCUCUCAACAUGACGAACUGGACAGCACAAAAACACCUGAAAUGUCUGCAGAUGAGCUCGGACAGUCAGACACUGAGGCUGAGAGGAAAAAGAAACCAGAGCCGGGGAAAAAGGAUGAAGAGGUACGAGAGCGGAAGCAGGAGAUGCAGCGGAAAGCCUCGACAGCAGCUACAUCUCCCACAGAGGAUGGAGGGCAGAAGGCGGGGAGCUCCGGGUCGGACACGGAUAUCUACAGCUUCCACUCAGCAGCUGACCACGAGGAUUUGCUAGCUGACAUCCAGCUCGCUAUACGGCUCCAGCACCAACAUCAGCAUGGGGGGGUUAACGUAAUUGUGGAAGAGCAGGGAGGGGGUGAAAAGGAUCCGAGCUGGGGAGGAGAGGGGAGGAGGAAGCAGAGUAAUGGGGUAGUUAAAUUAACUCCUCCUGAGGUGCUUGACCUGACUCCAGAAUUAGAACUUGGGUCUGAUGCCCUGUCAUUCCUAGAGACGGGACCUCUGUCUGGCUCUGUCAGGCACACGGACCAGCAACCGACACCACACCUCCUCUUCCACACGGAGGUGCACGAGAGGAGGGAGGAGAAGGAUGGGGUGGAGCAUCCGGAGCUAAAUGGGAAGGGGCAGAAAGAGAGAGAAGCAUCUCUUUGUGUUGCCACAGGCACAAAGGACCAGCAUGCUUGGGUGCAGCAGCCCCCUCACACAGCCAUCACCAUGGCUACUGCCGGGGGGGCAGCAGUCAGCCCAGUCACCAUGACGACCGGUGGUAACAGCUUCCCUGAUCACACAUUUGACAUUGCUGGGAAAACCACAGGGGGCACAGAGGAUGCAGGAAGUGAAGGAGAGGAGAGGGAGUCCGUGGUGGAUGUAGACCUCAGUCCUCCACCCGGAGACAGCCACCACAAAAGUCCUGAACCCACCGAAGGGCUGAGCUCAGGGAACGUGUUCGAAGAAGGUGAGGGUCAGUUGGGAUCGGGUACCAGUGCCGAGUCCCUUGAGGACUGUCUAAGCGCUGGAUCCGAAUCCAACGGCUCUGCUGCUGCUGCCGGCACCAGGGCCUCCCCCUACAAGCAUGGCAGGAGGAGCAGCGUGUGCUUCACCCCGCUGCCUCCCCAGGAGAGCCCCACACUGGCCAAACGACUCCUCAGGUCCACCCACUCCUCCACCUCCUCUAUCCCUGUGGUGAAACCUUACCCUCCCAUCUUCCCUUCCUACAUCAAGACCACCACGAGACAGCUCAGCUCCCCAGGACACUCCCCAGGCCUGUCCCCCUCCCACAGCCCCCUAUCCCCGCGCAGAGCCCACCAUCACCUCCACAGGACGAUGCUCGAGGGCCAUCAAGUCCGCAGAGAGCGGUCUCGAAGCAUCGCCGGGCCUCUGAGUCGCUCGGCCGACUGGACGGAGGAGCUCGAGAGGAGACUGAGAAGCAGAGAGGAGGAUGGAGGAGAUUCGGGGGAAUAUCUGGUGGGCUACAGAGGAGGAGGCAGCCAACCCCUCUGUGCUACCAGAAGAUCUUCCUGUGGACAGGUUUCUACCUGCGGCUUUCAGGACGUCUUCACAGGUCGAACUCUUCUGGAGAAGCUGUUCCUGCAACAGCAGCAGGAGGAGCCCGAGGAGGCUGAGAGGCUCUGCUCCAGGAUCUUGGCCAUGGGCCUCCUGUUGCCUUUCACUGACUGCUUCAGAGAGCAACUGGGAGGCAGCACUGCCCACAUCACCUCCACAGCAACAGCCAAGUUCGACGUAUGUAUUCACACCCUUUUGCGCACACCAAUUUGUACUGUGAUCUGAAAAAUGACACAUUUUCCAAUCUCAGUUACAUUUUUUAAAUCAAUGUCCAGACGCUGUUUCGAUGCCUGUAACACUCUUCACCAUGCACAUGUAUUGUUUCUUACACAUCUUCACCCGGGUCCAAACCUUUGAAUCUGCCCACUCCACCGAGUUUGAGUUGAUUGUGUUGAGGCCGAAGCCACCACUCGGGCAAAGACUCAAAAGCACAACUCAAUACAAGGAAAGUUCCGUACACAGGUAGGCAGUCAGUACAGGCAACCAAAUCCAAAUCAUGGGCGAGGCAAAAAGGCAGUUAGAGAAAAGCUAAGGAUACAGGUAACCACGCUCUCAGGGAAAUUGCUGCAACGUUAGACACGGAGGUACUUAGACGAACUGGAACAGACAAAGAGAGGCACACAGACUAAACACUCUAGGGAGGAGGAGUGAUUGGGAACAGGUGAAGCUGAUCAGGGAGGGGAAAGGUAAUCAAAAGGGCAGGAAGUGAAAAAAGUAAAACAGGAAACCCAAAAAUUACAUGAAUGUGAAAACAAGGAAAACCUAACAAAGGGAACUUGACGAGGUGUUACGAAAUGAAUUGUCUGGCACUAUGACAUGAAACAACUCCUUGUGUGAAAAAGCAAUCGAGCCAAUAAGCACCACAGGGGAACUAACCAUUAUCCAGUCAAUGCCAAACUUCUAACUAUUAUAGUGUGUUUUCAUUUCACUCCGCUCCACUCUUUUAACCCCAGCAAAACUAGUGGCUAUACGCAUCAGUUUCGAUUUGAUGUGCUGUUAGAUUCAGGCGGACACGUUGGUCUAUCUGACUUUUCAAUUACAUUUAGUGGAAUAAAGACAAAGUUAUAUAUUAGUCUUAUAUUGAAGAAAUUUAACAAUUCGCCAGUCAGUCAUGUAAAUGACAAACCCAAUUUAAACCUUUUCUUUCUGUAACUCAGGAUAAUUCUGUACAACAAAUAUUAUAACGUGAAAGAAUCAAUUCUAGAGCACAACAUGCAGUUUUGUUUGCGUACCAAUCGAAAGCCUUUUGCUUUUCUACACAAUCAAGCCUCACUUCUCAAUUUAAAGGAUCCUCUCAGCAAUGAGGUUUAUUAUCUAUGCAUACAUUUAAAUUUCAAAUUUCAAUCAACUGCUCCAACUCUAUAGUCAUAAAAUAUGAUAUAUUCAAAUGUAAAACUGAACAAUAUUUUCAUUUCCUCACACUAUUUUCUAUACUUGUUCUUUUUCUUCUGCAUCUACUAGCAUUUCUAUUAACUUCACAUUAAUAUUACUGCCAAGAUUUUUGAGUCCAGUCUGUCUUUUCUGGGGGUGAAAAUCUGUCCUGUUGUACGGAAAAGUCUUCAGCAGGAUGCUGAGGCAGGGAAGGGUGUCUACUUCCGCGGACAAACUGUACACUGCAGGGAACAACUUGAGAACAUCCAUGCAGUGUUUGAAUUACAUGUAUAAUUGUAAUACGCUCAGGAACUAUUUCUUUGUUGAAUUUCAUAACAAAUCACUUCUUUCUUUUCCUGUAUUACUACAUUUUGUGUUUGUGUUGCCCUGUCUCCGGUCCUGUUCGUGACUUUCA